ACCCUGUUUCCGGGAAUUACUCUGCCGUCUGCCCGGUCUGCCGGUCUCAGUGGUCGCUCUAUUUUAUAUACUUAUUUUGUAAAUACAACAGCAGUGAAAGAAUAUAUAAAGCCACAAACAAAAUGCGAGGAAUUGCGUUAAUGUGGACUAAAAAUCUGAACAAAAAUCUUAUAAAUAGAGCAAUAAUGGAGAAUUAUGGUGUUCGAAAUCGAAUUGCAAAUUUUCAAAGUUUCCCAUGUCAACUUUCACAUAUAAUGAAACAUGAUCAACAAUCCAAUAAUUUUUUAAAUGUAAAUAAACGAAAUUUCACAACGACGCAAAUAUUGUUAAAAAGUAAAGAUAAGGAAAGGAAGAAAAAUCCUGGUAAAGUUCAUGUGGACCUCAACGAGCUAGCUCAAUUUAUUGAUGUCGAAAAACUAACCUCAAAUUUCGAGAGUUCAGUGGCCGAUUUGAAAUCGAAUUAUGUCAAACAUUUGACUCUUAGGUCGACAACUGGUUCGAUCGAACAAAUUCCUGUUCCUUUUGAUGGACAGGAGUACUUAUUAGAAGAGCUGGUUGAGAUCGCUCGUAAACCCAAAAUGGUUGUACUCAACGUAGCUUGCUUCCCGCAAGCGAUUCCUGACAUAUUGAAUGCUAUUAGUAAGAGCGGCUUGAAUCUCAAUCCGCAACAAGACGGCACAACUAUUUUCAUUCCCAUACCAAAAGUUACAAAGGAGCACCGAGAAAGUUUGUCAAAAAAUGCUAAAGUACUGUUUUUAAAAUGUCGUGAUGGAAUCAAAGAUACCAGAAGUAAAGAGAUUAACAAUCUGAAGAAGUCGCCAUCUCUUUCUGAGGAUGCCGUUCGAAGAGUUCAGACACAAAUCGAAGCGUUGAGUGAGCAGUUCAUAAAAGAUGCAGAAAAGAUUUUUGAAACUAAGCAAAAAGAAUUACUGGGCUUAUCAGAUUAGAAACUUCAUUUGCCUUUGGUAAUGAACGUGUAUAAAAUUUAUUAAUGAAUAUGAAAAUUCAUUUACAAACGUU